UUCAAACAACAGCAUUUGGCCACCCUUUGCAACUUCAAUUUCCACCAAGGCUUGCUUGUCCUGAUGCGCAACACAGCCAUAGAAAAGGCACUCAAUCAGAAGAUGCAUCCACAGUAUUUAGGGCUGUUGCUAGUAAUUUCUAGGAAUCGGGGAGGAGCGUAUAUUUUGGCCAAACUCGAUGGAUCAGUUUUUGAUCAGCCAGUUGCAGCAUUCCGCGUUAUUCCUUAUUUUGCUCGCAGGUCUCUAAAGCUCGCCGACCUUGAAGCCCUCCUCGACAUCUCGCAGGAACACCUUCAGGCCAUGGAAGAUUCCCGAUCAAGAGACAAUGAUGAUGACGCGGCUUUGGCGACCUCCGACUAG